CGACACCAUCUCCAUCACCACACGACUUCAUCGAUGCAGAUCGUGUAAGAUGUCUCCCGACAGAGGCUUCGAAUAUCUACUAUGACAUCGUUCGUUCCACGGAGCGUGUUCCCGACACUCGAGUCGCUGCCGCGAUCAUACUACCUUGGCCAUCAUGCCGCGGGUCUUGCAAAGAUGCGGACAAUGCUCUCCCAGAUUGACCUCAUCGUCGAAUGCAGAGACUAUCGCAUUCCAAUGACUUCGCGUAACCCUAUGUUCGAAGACAGCCUGGCUGGAAAAGAGCGGAUGAUUGUCUACACCAAAAAGGACCUAGGGAGCAGCGUCAUCAAGGAAGACAAGAAGAGAGAGCAAAUGAUACGCAAAUGGCAUGAUCCAUCGAAGGUCGUCUUCUCCAACCACAAGGACAGAAAAGAUGUGCGCCGGAUUUUGGACUACAUCAAGGAGAUCGCUGCUGCGCGUGGGAGUCUUACUGGAUCUCACCUGAUGGUAGUGGGCAUGCCCAAUGUUGGCAAAUCUUCUCUGCUGAAUGCGCUGCGCCGCGAAGGUGUUGGCAGGGGAAAAGUUGCCCACACCGGAGCUCAGCCUGGAAUCACUCGUAAGAUUGGCACUGGCGUCAAGAUUGUACUGCCGGACGACACGGGCUCCGGCGCCGUAUAUCUGCUCGAUACGCCUGGAGUGUUUAUGCCAUACGUGCCUGAUGCGGAUGCCAUGCUUAAGCUCGCACUUUGCGGCAGCGUGAAGGAUACAGUGGUGCCCGCAUUAAAUCUUGCGGACUAUUUAUUGUUCCUUGUAAAUCUGAACGAUGCUCGAGUCUAUGCGGACUACUCAGAGCCCACGAAUGAUGUGAUGCAGCUCCUGGAAGGCAUGGCAAGGAAGACGGGUCGUCUCAUGAAGGGCGCGCAGCCAGACUUGGAGGGCACAGCCAUCUGGAUGGUCCAGCGCUGGAGAACAGGCCACCUGGGGACAUUCCUCCUUGACGAGGUAUCAGAGGAAGCCAUUGAAAGGUAUAGAAGCCUCUCGCCUUCCAGGAGCCUCAACCAGGCUCGCAAAGCAGGCAAACAAGCACUUAGAGAUAGGGCGAAGGCACGAAGAGCAGGUACAAAUGAAUAGGUAAUGUAUUCGUGCACACUGUAAAACCAUUUGCAUGGGACAGCAUUUGCGAGUUGCGAGUCUACAGGACCAUCUCUUUGACACAGUUUCAUGUCUGG